GCCGCGAUGCCCCUCAACGUCAGCUUCGCCAACAGGAACUAUGACCUCGACUACGACUCGGUGCAGCCCUAUUUCUACUGCGACGAGGAGGAGAACUUCUACCAGCAGCAGCAGCAGAGCGAGCUGCAGCCGCCGGCGCCCAGCGAGGAUAUCUGGAAGAAAUUCGAGCUGCUGCCCACCCCGCCGCUGUCCCCGAGCCGCCGCUCUGGGCUCUGCUCGCCCUCCUACGUCGCCUUCGCGUCCUUCUCCCCCCGGGGGGACGACGACGGCGGCGGCGGCAGCUUUUCCACGGCCGACCAGUUGGAGAUGGUGACCGAGCUGCUGGGAGGAGACAUGGUGAAUCAGAGCUUCAUCUGCGACCCGGACGACGAGACCUUCAUCAAAAACAUCAUCAUCCAGGACUGCAUGUGGAGCGGCUUCUCGGCCGCCGCCAAGCUCGUCUCGGAGAAGCUGGCCUCCUACCAGGCUGCGCGCAAAGACAGCGGCAGCCCGAGCCCCGCCCGCGGGCCCGGCGGCUGCCCCACCUCCAGCUUGUACCUGCAGGACCUGAGCGCCGCCGCCUCCGAGUGCAUCGACCCCUCCGUGGUCUUCCCCUACCCGCUCAACGACAGCAGCUCGCCCAAGCCCUGCGCCUCCCCCGACUCCGCCGCCUUCUCUCCGUCCUCGGACUCUCUGCUCUCCUCGGCGGAGUCCUCCCCGCGGGCCAGCCCCGAGCCCCUGGCGCUCCACGAGGAGACACCGCCCACCACCAGCAGCGACUCUGAGGAAGAACAAGAGGAAGAAGAAGAAAUUGAUGUCGUUUCUGUGGAGAAAAGGCAGCCCCCUGCCAAAAGGUCGGAAUCGGGGUCACCCUCUGCCGGAGGCCACAGCAAACCUCCUCACAGCCCACUGGUCCUUAAGAGAUGCCACGUGCCCACCCAUCAGCACAAUUACGCAGCGCCCCCCUCCACUAGGAAGGACUACCCAGCCGCCAAGAGGGCUAAGUUGGACAGUGGCAGGGUCCUGAAACAGAUCAGCAACAACCGCAAAUGUAUCAGCCCCAGGUCUUCGGACACGGAGGAGAACGACAAGAGGCGGACGCACAACGUCUUGGAACGCCAGAGGAGAAACGAGCUGAAACGGAGCUUUUUUGCCCUGCGCGACCAGAUCCCAGAGUUGGAAAACAACGAAAAGGCCCCCAAGGUGGUUAUCCUUAAAAAAGCCACCGCGUACAUCCUGUCCGUCCAAGCAGGGGAGCAAAAGCUCAUUUCGGAAAAGGACCUGUUGAGGAAGCGACGAGAACAGUUGAAACACAAACUUGAACAGCUAAGGAACUCUUGUGCAUAA